AAAUUCAUUCACCGGCCGAGAACUCUAAAUAGAAUAAAAAAUCGAGACAUUUCGUUUGCUUUCCGGGAAAAUCGUAAGGAUUCAGGGAAAAUGUCGGGAAGAGGGAAGGGAGGGAAGGGCUUGGGGAAAGGAGGAGCGAAGAGGCACAGGAAAGUACUGAGGGAUAACAUCCAAGGAAUCACCAAGCCGGCGAUUAGGCGUCUGGCUCGAAGAGGAGGGGUGAAGCGUAUAAGCGGUUUGAUCUACGAAGAGACAAGAGGAGUGCUCAAGAUCUUCUUGGAGAACGUCAUCAGAGACGCGGUCACGUACACGGAGCACGCCAGGAGAAAGACGGUGACCGCCAUGGAUGUCGUCUAUGCUUUGAAGAGGCAAGGACGAACUCUCUACGGGUUCGGUGGUUAGGGUUUUUUCUUUUGCUUUCUUAAGGCGUUGUUAUUCCUAUCUGUAGAUCUGGGUAUUGUGUUUAGCAUUGCUUUCUUAAGGAUUCAUGCACGGAGUUACUGUUGGAAUCCUGUAUUGGAUUCACUGAGAAAAUGUCGCGAAUUAGAGCCAUUUCUCUCUUUUAAUUUCGAUUCUGUAGUGAACACGAUUGAUCUGGGUUUGUAGUCCUGCUC